AACAUCGGUUAAAUCCUGCGAUUGUGCACAAUGUCGUCGGACGCAGAUAUGAUUGACGGUGAUUAUGUCUUGUCGAUGAGUGUGAGUGUGAGCCAGACGACGCUCAAAAAUGGGCCCAAUGAUUCAGGAGAGCAGGCCGUUGUCCCACCCGAGUCCAAUCUAUCAUCCAAGGCAUCAACGGUGCUGCCACAGGAUUCUGCGCAGCCAGGCGAACAAUCGGACGAGCCAGAGGAGUCGACAGAGGAGUCUUUCGGUGAUAUAGAGCGAGAAGCAUCAGGGAUAUCGCUCAACGAGUGGGGCAAAGAGUCGGAGGAGAAUAUGACCACUGCGAGCAUGUCAUGCUCAUCCUUUUCCUCUUGCGAGUCGUACCAUACCAUUCGAAAGAUGAUCCUUCGGCGCGAUCCUCAUACUUCCAACAUGAGCUUGGACAGUGGUAGCAGUCUGCCGCAGAUCAACUCCUGCGACCAGUUGAUGCAUCAAAGAGAAUGUAGGGUAGUGGGUGGCAAGGACUCGUCUCACGACUCAAUGCUCGUGGUUAUGGAACCAAAACCAAACUUCACGCAUCACAGCUGCAUGGACAUCAGCGUCAAGGAGGGGGACAUAGGCAUGGAAGAGGUAUACCACAAGUUUGUUGCCUGGUUCAAGCGCCCCGAGAUCGAUGUGGCUUUCAAGGUAUUCAACGAAGUCGACCAGGAUGCCGACGGCUACAUUGCCCUCGCCGACCUGAAACGGGGUCUAGAAAAGCUCUCAGUGCCGCAGACACACCGGGAGGCCAAGAGCAUCAUGGCCCAAGUAGCUGGGCCACGCUGCAGUGCCGUGCACUUUAGCCAUUUCCUACUAAUAUACGCCUCACUCCUCAACCGCCUGCAGCUGGACAAGUGGCCCACCAGAGAUGCCGAAACCGAUCGCUUCAGCCGCGUGGACGAAGUGGAUGUCUCGCAGGUGGGCGUUCAUGGGGCCAGACGUUACUUCGAGGCCAAAAUAUCCCUCGAGGGGGAGCGCCUCAAGCCGCUCUCCUUGAUGUGCACCCAGCCUGUGGCACGACCUUCAUCCCUUUCCUCUGUAGCCACGAGUCGUGACAUGGGCGAUGGCACUGCUUCCGGCUUAAAAAAGCUCAAUGAAAAGAAGGAAUAAAAAUACUUUUUUUGUGACCUAUCAAAAUUACAAAUGUUGAAAAAUGUAUAGUGACCUUGUGUCUACCAACAACCUACCAUAUAAAUCGUCGAACAAAAAAA